GGGCGGGGCGGAACGUGCACGCGGGCGGCUGCGUUUCCGGUCGGAGGCCUCUGCUGAGCUCCCCGGGUCCCUGGGGGGCGGCGGCGGAGGCGACCGAGGCAGCAGGGGGAUCCGGAAGUCAACACCAUGUCGAGUCUGCACAAGAGCCGGAUUGCAGAUUUCCAGGAUGUGCUGAAGGAGCCCACAAUCGCCUUGGAAAAGCUUCGAGAACUCAGUUUUAGUGGCAUCCCCUGUGAGGGCGGACUGCGGUGCCUCUGUUGGAAGAUUCUCUUGAACUACCUCCCUUUGGAGAGAGCCUCAUGGACCUCCAUCCUGGCCAAGCAGAGGGAGCUAUAUUCUCAGUUCCUGAGGGAAAUGAUCAUCCAGCCUGGCAUUGCCAAGGCCAACUUGGGUGUGUCCAGGGAGGAUGUGACCUUUGAGGACCAUCCACUCAACCCCAACCCCGACAGCCGGUGGAACACGUACUUCAAGGACAAUGAGGUGCUGCUGCAGAUCGACAAAGACGUCCGGAGGUUGUGCCCAGACAUAUCCUUCUUCCAGCGGGCCACUGAGUACCCGUGCCUCCUCAUCCUGGACCCCCAGAAUGAGUUUGAGACCCUUCGUAAGCGGGUGGAACAGACGACACUGAAAUCUCAGACGGUGGCCCGGAACCGGAGCGGGGUCACAAAUAUGAGCUCCCCACACAAGAGCUCGACGCCAGCGUCCCUGAAUGAGUACCAGGUGCUGCCCAACGGCUGCGAGGCCCACUGGGAGGUGGUGGAGCGGAUCCUGUUCAUCUACGCCAAGCUCAACCCUGGCAUCGCUUACGUGCAGGGCAUGAAUGAGAUCGUGGGGCCCCUCUACUAUACCUUUGCCACCGACCCCAACCACGAGUGGAAAGAGCACGCCGAGGCAGACACCUUCUUUUGCUUCACCAACCUCAUGGCUGAGAUCCGGGACAACUUCAUCAAGAGCCUGGACGACUCGCAGUGUGGCAUCACCUACAAGAUGGAAAAGGUGUACUCCACCUUGAAGGACAAGGAUGUGGAACUCUACCUGAAACUGCAAGAGCAGAACAUCAAGCCCCAGUUCUUUGCCUUCCGCUGGCUGACGCUGCUGCUGUCCCAAGAGUUCUUGCUGCCUGACGUCAUUCGUAUCUGGGACUCCCUCUUCGCUGAUGACAACCGCUUUGACUUCCUCCUCCUCGUCUGCUGCGCCAUGCUCAUAUUGAUCCGGGAGCAGUUGCUGGAAGGGGACUUCACUGUAAACAUGCGGCUCCUUCAGGAUUACCCCAUCACAGAUGUCUGCCAGAUCCUACAGAAAGCCAAGGAACUCCAAGACUCGAAGUAGCCUGACAGUGAGAGGCCCAGGUUUGGGAGAGAAGGUCCCUGUGCCCUGGCUGCUGGGACACGAAGACGCGUGUGGGACCCCAGCCCGAGGGGAAGCUCCAGGACUGGCUGGCUCCAGGCCUCCUCACCUGGCUCCGUCCCCCAGGCCACUCCCAGUGGGGGCUCACUGUGCCAUGCUCCUUCCUGACCACCAAGCCCUGGCUCUGUCUCCGCUCUUUAACACCGGGACCCUCUCCCAGGCUGCCGAGCAAGGCUGGCGCUCCCGAAGUUGUGUCCUGGAGCUGGGGCAGGCGUGGGCCCUGGGGCUCGCGGGCCCCGCCAGCCUCUGCUCUGCUGCCCCCUCUCCUGCUCUGGGGGAGGUGCUUGGCCAACGAGCCAGAAACCACUUCUUCUGGGGGUUGGUGCUUAGGCUUCUCCCUGGGGAAAGUGACACUGUGAGGGAGCUAAGAAGCUGCCAGGCCCAGGUCACACCCUCUGCCCCUCUCUCGCUGAGUGUGUGUGUGUAUGAAGUUGUGGGUUGGCGUGUAUGUGUCUCUUCGUCCUCCAGGCGUCUUGUCUCCUCUGUGUGUCUGUCUGUGUGGAUAUGAGGGAGGCGAGGGUGUCUCUGAAUCCCCUCUAGGUCUCUGCUUCUCCUUCCUCUGUCUGCGCCGUCUCCCUCACUUCUCCCUCCACGUCUCACGGAGGCCGCAGGCCGGAGGCCGUGUGCAUCUCUGUGUGUGCUCCUGCCCGUUGCGCCCCCCCGCCCUUCUCUCUUGGGGUGCCUUAUCCCCAGCCUCUUCCCCUCACUCCUCCCCUCCACGUCUGUGAAACCCGGAGACAGAAUGAGGAGUUGGGCUCAGCAAAGCCCCUGGAGGUCCACCAGGGCCUUUGUACCCAGUUCCCAGCCCAGCCCCAGGCUCCCAGCUCCCUCAGGCUGGGAGGGAGCCCACAGCGCCUCAGUGGAAGGCCCUGAACCUGCUUCCCCUGACAGAGAUCUUGGAAACCAAAAGCUGCUGAGGAGUGAUGGCUCACGAAGCUUUGAGCCUCUUACCCUCCUUUCUGCCUGGGGUGGAGGAGGGAGGAGAGCUGAGUCUUCCCAAGAUAUCCCCAAAGGAGCAGGGCAUUAGGGGGAUCCAGUAGCAGGGGUUGGAAUCCAAGUGCUUCAGAAGAGUAGUCGUUCCCAAUGGCUUCGAGGGCCUGUCCCAGGGAGGGCGAGUCCCAUGAAGGGCAAAUUGGACCAAAGGGAGCCUCUGCAGGCCGGACAGGGCUGAGCUGAGGCCCUGGAUCCUGUCAGGGCCCAGGGAGCUGUGUGGCUCCCAAACAGGCUGAAGGAGGUGCUGGCCCUUCUCUGGUCACCUGCUUGGGCUGUGCCCAGGGUUCAGGGCAGGCACACUUGGAGCAGGAGCUGGUGGCUACUCCCAGUGCUGGGCAGUGGGUGGAGUGGGCUUAUUCUGACCAAUCCCCGCCCUCCUUUUGUAAGGAAGCAGGUAGUUUGGGUCUGGAAGGCUGGGUAAUGUAGCAAAGGUCGUCAUCCUCUCCUCAGUCUGGCUGGCAGGUGCCCUGUUGCCCGCUAAGCCUUCCUGAUUCCAGCAGGAGGGACUUCGCUGCCCUCAGGGGCCAGGCUGUGGGCCAGGGACAGCUUCUCCCAGAGGGCUGCUUUACUGGGCUUCCCUUGGACGCUGCUGGAACUUUUCUGCACUUGCCUUUUUGCUGGAGGCAAAAGUUUUUUUGGAAGACUUUACUAUUUAUUCAGACUCCAGGUUAUUUAUUGUGGAUUGUCGAGUGCUUGGUUUGGGGAUGGGGGUGGGGGCCGGAAAGGUUGAAAGAAUUUCGAAGCACGAGCUUCCUGACUUUCUGAGGUCAGGCUCUGUAUCCCCUCCCCCUGCCUCUGGAACCUUCCAGGUUCUCCAGCACAUCCUGGCUGGGAGUGCUCUGAGCUUGGUGCUGGAACUGAGUGUAAGGGAGGCUCUAAGACGUCCUUAGAGUGUGGGGUGGAGACACACUGCUUCCCACCAGCCCAGCCCACCUUCCCAGAGCUUGGGGGCUGGUGGUUCAGUUCCAACUUUGACCCUUUUACAACCUGAGGCUUGGGCCACAGCCGGGGACCCAGCAGACACUGCCCAGGACACCUGAUGCAUUCCCUCUUGCCUGUCCCCUUGCCUUCCCUUCUGGGGCCAUACUACUUGAAUCACUGCAUCUUAACUUGCCUCAGUGGCAGGCCUGAGACUGGUGCCCUUUGACUUUGGGAUGAAGGUCAAGAGCACAGAGACCAUGUCCAGGUUUGGAUGGGGAAAGGACCUCCCCCUUGGCAAUACCCCCUCCCCAAACUCAGGAGGUUCCCAGCCAGCCAGAGCACCCAAGCUUCCUGCCUGGGAAGUCGCUGCCCCAGGAAUUUGAACACUUACAGGUCGGGCUGUGUGAGUUCAGCAGGUUGUGCACACUCCGGAGGGUCAGAAUGUUAGUCUGCCCCCCUUUUUUUUUUUUUUAAAUUGGUUUUG